AUGCUAUCACUGAUAAACACUAGCGCGGAGUUCACUAAUUCACAUUCAAUUCAACAAUUCCCUCUCGAUCUUCAACUUGCUAUUGUUUUAUAUCGUUUGGGUUUAUCAAGCGAAAAUGCGGCUAUUCGCAAAGUCGCUACAUUAUUUGGUGUUGGAAAUGGGGAAACAAUUUAUAAAAUAACCCGAAGAGUCUUUCGUUUCAUAUUGGAGCUGCAAACCAAAUUUAUAACGUGGCUAGAUGUAGCUGAACGACAAGAUAUAGUGGACAAAACCUAUCAUGAGCUUCCACAUUGCAUUGGAAAUAUUGACGGUACUGAAAUAAAACUUGCCGAAGCACCAGUGGUUAACCAUACAUCUUAUUUUUCAAAAAAUAGAGUGUAUUCAAUAAAAGCACAAGUCGUAUGUGACUAUCAGCUGAAGAUUCGACAUGUCGCAGUUGGUCACUUUGGAAGUGCACAUGAUGCUCGCAUGUUUCGUACAAGUGCUCUCUGCAUCCAAGAAAAUUCUUUAUUUUCUUCGGAACAAUGGUUAGCAGGCGAUUCUGCUUAUCCUUUACUUAAAACUCUUAUAACUUCGUUUCGGUCAAAUUCCCAACAGCUUGACUACUCCAAACAAUCAAUGCCUUGCAAUAAUUUUGAUUUUCUAAGUAAAGCAUCUAAUUAG